CGCUCAGCGUAGCUGUGACAAUUGGCGGCGUCCGAUGCGGCGGGGCGGCCUCAGCGAAGGCGGCAUGUCGAGUGAUUUCUAUCUUCGCUAUUAUGUGGGGCACAAGGGGAAAUUCGGCCACGAGUUCCUGGAGUUUGAGUUCAGGCCGGAUGGUAAACUCAGAUAUGCAAACAACAGCAAUUACAAAAAUGAUGUUAUGAUUAGAAAAGAGGCAUAUGUCCAUAAAAGUGUAAUGGAAGAGCUGAAGCGAAUCAUAGAAGAUAGUGAAAUCACAAAAGAAGAUGAUGCUUUGUGGCCUCCACCUGAUCGAGUAGGACGACAGGAACUGGAAAUUGUAAUAGGAGAUGAACAUAUUUCAUUUACAACAUCUAAGAUUGGCUCUUUAAUUGAUGUUAACCAAUCCAAGGAUCCGGAGGGUCUUCGAGUAUUCUACUACCUGGUACAAGACUUGAAAUGCCUAGUUUUCAGUCUCAUCGGGCUACAUUUCAAGAUCAAGCCCAUCUAAGAAUUUGAUGUCCAUACAAGGAUGAUGGAUUUGGGGAUGGAUUGAAGUGGGUGGUGGGGGAAAUAAAGGAUAGUAAUAAUUGGCUUGGGGUGACUCUUUGUUACAGGAACUAACUUUGUCUAAUGUGGAUUGUGGAUUUGGUAAUUUUUUUUAAUGUGAAUAUAAAUAAUUCCAUCUUUAUAAACUAUUACUUUUUAUAUUAAAAUAAACAUCAUUUACAUUUGUUUGCUGCUGGAAGUUCACUUUUAAUGAAUUAAAGAAGUCACUAACCGGUA